AAAAUAAUUGUAAAACGAAGAGAGUCCAGGCCUUGGUGGAGUCCAUGUUCUUUCAAGCUAAAAAAAAUUUCCUCGAAUUUAUUGAGUGUAAAAUGAGUAGUCAUAAUUUUUUUUGCCAAGAAAGACACAAAUAUACGUACGGCUUUGAAAUUUUUACAUUUCUGUGGUAUAUGGAUAAGGCAUAUAACAACAACAAAUUUGAGAAAAGCAUCCCCCUGAACAUAAGGCAAAGUGGGGGACACUUGAAUGACAUGCUGGCUGUUCGUGGAGAGGAAGAGAAGGCACUUCUCGUGGAGUUCCUCGAAAUAGGAGGUAUCCAAACCUACUCCUGUAUUCGAAAUAUUUUUUACCAAAAGCAUGAUGGAAUUUUACUUGUUUAUGACUCCUCAAAUAAUAGGUCAUAUCACAAUUUAGCAAAAUGGGUAUACGAAGUGUAUGAGAACACGAAGCCUCCAUCGGACGUGUUUUGCUCCGCUGAAAGAGGUCGAAAUAAGUUUUGGAACCUGUUUAAGGGUAUCGGAACGAAGGAGGACAACAAGGGGGAGGAGGAUGGCCACUCGGGAAGGGGGACACCGAAGGAUUGUUGUGACCCUGGGGGGUACAUGGGCAUGCGCGACUUGCACAAGCAGAGAAAAAACGGCACUUACGCGGAGCGCAGCGCGAACUGCAACGCGAAGUACAACGCGAAGUACAACGCGGAUAGUUAUACCAGUCGGCAUGCCAGACGGUGUGCCAGUCGCUACCCCGAUGGCUGUGCUUCUCACCGCGAGAGACAACUUGAUGAAGACCCCUUCGCCUCCGAUGACGACUCGGACAUCGAAAAGGGACACGCCAAAAAGGGGGACCAAAUUCUGAAGGGAGAAAUACCUAUAGCCUGCAUAGCCACCAAGAUCGACAAAAAGAACGCCAAAGAAAAACCAGCCUCCGUGAAAACGCCCGAAACUUCCAUUUUUUACAAAUUUUUUUUCCCAGACUUUUCUGUCAACGCGACGAAUGAGGCUAUUAACGCGAACAAGGAUAAUUUAAAGAGAAAGAAAGAAAUCCUGAAAAAGCUGGAAAAGCAUAUAACCCAGGCAACAGAAAUCAAGGCAAGUUCCAUCGAUUGUGUCGUUGACAUUGAAAAAUUUGUGCACUUCCUCAGGCGCGUUUACGAGAAAAAGUACAACUCGGCUGGGCUGAAUGGGU